AGAGUCCCCGAUCGGGGUGUGUGUGCGCGCACGUAGGGGUGGUAGCGGUGGCCGUCCCUGUUUGUGGCCGCGAAGGUGGAGGGGGGGCGUUUCCAUCCCCUCCCGUCCAUCCCCCAGUACUGGCUCAGGGUGUCAGUUUGCAGCGGGAGCUCCUCCUCUUCCAUCCCGGCCCCUCGCUCGCAUUUUCGACCCUCCCCGGGUGGGCUAGGCAGGGGUCCCCGCCAGCCGCUGCCGGAGCAACUCGGGGAUUUUGCCUCGCUCGCCUAACCCCCCCACCCAACCCCCCUCUGGGGUGCCGCCUCCCCUCGAUCUCUUCCUUUCCCGCCUAUCCCGUUCCUUCAACACCGAAAGAAGAUUAAAAAAAAAAAAGCUCCGUGGCGCCUUCUUUUACUUCUUCAUCCCCCUCCUCCCCUUCUCGCGAGUGUCAAAACUUUGUUUGGGCGGCGGCGGCAGCGGCGCCGGGACGGGGCUGAGGCGGGAGGCCGGGCUGAGGCAGGCGGGGUGCGGGGAGCGGCCCCCCGCCGCACCGGGACCCCGCCGCACCAUGCCUCAGCUGCAGCCGGCCAGUGGCGGCGGCGGCGACGACCUGGGCGCUCCGGACGAGCUCAUCCCUUUCCAAGACGAAGGCGACGAGCAGGACAAGGGCGCCGGGGGGCGCGGCUCGGCUCACGGCGACUUGGAUGAGCUCAAGUCGUCGCUGGUCAACGAGUCGGAGAACCGCAGCGGCAGCGCCUCGGGUUCCGAGUCUGAGGCGGAGAGACCGUCUCAGCAACCCCGGGAAAGUUUCCAGAAGCCGCGGGAUUCUCUAGCCGAAGUAAUCAGAAGACAGCAAGAUGGAGGCUUCUUUAAAGGGACUCCCUAUCCAAGUUAUCCCUUCUUGAUGAUCCCAGAACUGGGAAGCCCCUACCUGCCCAGUGGAGCCUUGUCCCCAAGUGGUGCUCGGACAUAUCUGCAGGUAAAGUGGCCACUACUUGAUGUACCAGCUGGAGCUACUCUAAAGGAUGCAAGGUCGCCCUCUCCUGCACACUUAUCAAACAAAGUUCCUGUGGUGCAACAUCCACAUCACAUGCACCCGCUGACGCCACUCAUCACCUACAGUAAUGACCACUUCUCACCAGGCUCACCACCUUCCCAUCUCUCCCCUGAAAUUGACCCAAAGACAGGAAUUCCACGACCACCUCACCCUUCAGAGCUGUCUCCAUAUUAUCCAUUAUCUCCUGGUGCCAUUGGGCAAAUUCCUCAUCCUUUGGGGUGGCUCGUACCACAGCAAGGCCAGCCAGUGUAUUCCAUUCCUCCAGGUGGGUUCAGACAUCCAUAUCCUGCCUUGGCUAUGAAUGCCUCAAUGUCCAGCUUGAUGUCUAGCAGGUUUUCGCCUCAUAUGGUUCCUCCUCCUGGUCAUGGUCUUCAUCCCUCAGGAAUUCCACACCCCACCAUUGUAUCACCCAUUGUAAAACAAGAGCCCACGCAGACCAGCCUGAGUCCUGAAGGGAGCUCAAAAACGCCUGUUAUUGUGAAGAAGGAGGAAGAGAAGAAACCUCAUAUAAAAAAACCGUUGAAUGCAUUCAUGUUGUACAUGAAGGAGAUGCGGGCCAAGGUGGUGGCAGAGUGUACACUGAAGGAGAGUGCAGCUAUCAACCAGAUCCUAGGAAGAAGGUGGCAUUCGCUGUCACGUGAGGAGCAAGCCAAGUACUAUGAGCUAGCCCGGAAGGAGCGACAGCUUCAUUCUCAGCUCUACCCUACCUGGUCUGCACGAGAUAACUAUGGUAAGAAAAAAAAGAGAAAAAGAGAGAAACAACCUCAGCAACAGAUCCAAGAAACAGGGAAUUCUGUGGUGUCAAAGAGCAAGAAGCCUUGUGUACAGUACCUGCCAGCCGACAAAUCAUGUGAUAGCCCCGCAUCCUCUCAUGGCAGCAUGUUGGAUUCUCCAGCCACCCCCUCUACAGCCUUGGCAUCGCCUGCAGCUCCUGCUGCCACUCAUUCUGAACAGGCUCAGCCCCUCUCCUUAACCACCAAGCCUGAAACCAGGGCGCAGCUCUCACUGCACUCAGCUUCUUUCCUUUCAAGCAAGGCUGUCUCCUCUUCUUCUAGCUUGACAAGCCAGUCAUCACUCCUCUCCAGGCCCCUCCCAUUUACCUCCAUGCCCCCCACAGCUCUCCUGACCACGCCUCCUUCCUUUGCAGCCAUUCCGUCUCCUCAAGCUGCCUUGGCUAUGCUGCAGUCCCAACCACUCUCCUUGGUUACCAAACCGGCUGAAUGAGGAAGAAUUCCCAUCCUGCCUUCCUGCUGAAGCCACAAUUGAGAAUACAAGCAGACAAGCCAUUAUUGGUCAAUAUUUGACCCUUUCUGAACUCUUCCAUAAGGUGACUCUUGAGGAAGAAAGUGCUCUACUCUCAGAGUUGUUUUCAGUAGUCUGUCUAAAGACCAUUUUUUAUUUUUAAAAAAAAUAAAAACAAAAAAACCCACUUUUUUUUUUUUUUACAAAUCCCUGGAUGAAAAAAGAGAGAAAGAAAGCCAUGUCUUAUGUUCCUGUCAGAGCCCCCUGGGCAUGUGGACUUGUACAAAUGGAUAAUCUCUCAAUGGUGUUUGCAUGUUUUGUUAUAUUGCUUUUAUUAUUCCCCAUUCCCUUGGUCAGGCGAAGUGUUGAUUUUAUCUACUUACUCCAGCCAUCCUGCAGUUCCAUCAUUUUUUGUAAGAGACUUCCAGCAUUUACUAGAAGACACAAUAUCAGAGAAAUACAGCACCUCAUUGUCACAUUGAGAUCUGCCCAGCCUUGGAGAGGCCCAGAUAUUUCUCCUGUAACCUGGAGUGAUCAUCCAUUAAAAUGGCAGGACAAUCCACCCUAUUUCCUUACAGAAUUAUUUUGUGUAGCAGGAAGUAGGGGGAAAGGCUUUGGGGAAUCGCCUGUUAUUUUAACGAAGGAAAAUAAAUCUGCAUCUUAA